GGCUGUAUCUAUAGGAACUGGUAGUUUGGUGAUUCUUGACAAAACAAGGGUCUGUUCAUUGUUGAUAGAAAAAGGAAAUUAUGCUAUUAAAAGAAAAAAAAAAAAAAGGGGAGAAGAAGAAGAAAGGAACAACUCGUACUGUGUGUUUACACUCCUGACAGUCGCUUGAUAAACAUUCAUUAAACUCCAUUAAAGUCUCAUCUCUCUACUUUUCUGUUUCAUUUAUCAUUCCGGCAUUCCCUCCCUCCCCAGGCCACAAAACCCUCGUUUCAUUCUAGAGAAUGGCACCAAAACCCAAACCCCGAUUCCUUGUAAUCCUCCUGUUGUGUCUUCAUUUUUCAUUCUACAUCCUCGCCAUUUCUUCUCUCUCAACACCUUCACCUGCUUCGUCUCCAUCAUCUCCAUCUCCUCCCAAGGCAUCUUCAUCUUAUUCUAGUCAUUCCCCUCUUGACCCAAAACAACUCACAGCACUUGAAUCACUCAACAUUCCUACAUCUAAAGAUCCCUGUUCUCAACCCUCUUUACACAAUGCAACUCUGUGUAACUCAGAUAAGCCAUUUAGUCAUCUCACUUCUCUUCGUCUCAUUGAUUGUUCAAGUGAUGUUCAAAUCUCAACUACUGCUCUUAAAUCUUUAACAACACUACAAGAUUUCCAGUUCAUCAAUUGCCCGAUUCCACUUGUUCAUUUCCCAAAUGAACUUACCUCAAAUCUACGUUCUUUUACCUGUAUUAAGAGUCUUAAGAAAUUAACUGGUGUCUGGCUUGGCAGAUUAAGAAAUCUUACUGAUUUAACCGUCACUGAUGUCUCCAUUACUGCUAGUGGUCCAACAAUUAUCUUGGGUAAUAUGAAACAACUCAAAUCUGUUAAGAUUUCUCGUGCUAAUCUAACUGGUUCUUUACCCAAGAAAUUCCAUUUCUUGAAGAUUACACACAUGGAUUUGUCCAAUAAUCGACUUAAAGGAAAGGUACCUAAUUCUUUAACUCUGCUUACAGAUCUUCAAUUACUUAAUCUCUCGUCAAAUACAUUGUCUGGUGAAUUACCUGAAUCUUUUGGAGAUUUAUUAUCUCUUCAAAAUGCGUCAUUUGCGUCUAAUUCAAUGUCAGGCCAAAUCCCUGAAUCAAUAUCUGAUUUGCAUUCAUUAAUGCACCUUGAUUUAAGCUCAAACCAAUUUAAUGGAACAAUACCCAAAUUCCUUACACGGAUGAAGAAUUUGAAGUACUUGAAUCUUGAGAAUAAUAAUUUUCAUGGUGUUUUACCAUUUAAUAAGUCAUUUAUUCAGAAGUUAGAGGUGUUUAAGGUUGGGGGAAAUAGUGGUGUAUGUUUCAAUCACUCUACACUAUCUACAAAACUGAAACUUGGGAUCGCUCGUUGUGAUAAAUAUGGAUUGCCAGUUGCGCCCCCAUCUGAAUCUGGGUUCGGAGAUGAUAGUAGUAGUAGCGCUGAUUCCGAAGAUGACACUAGUGAUGAUAAUGAUUCUCAAUCGAUUGAUACUAAAAAGCAUGGACCCAAUAAGAUUGUUCUUGGUACAGCAAUUGCGCUUUCAUCGCUAAUAUUUCUCAUUGUUUUCUUAAUUCUUCUCAACAAAUGUUGCCGUUGAAAUGUGAAAUGAAGGAAGAACUGAAACUAGAAAUUUCAGAUCAAAUGAGAAUGGGUUCUCAAAAAAAUGAUCUAGCCAGGAUCCCUAGUGUUACAGAGAGUGUAAAACAUGAUGAAUGAUUAAUGGGGGUAGUACAUUUUGGUGUCAUCAAUCAUUUUUUGCAUUCUGCAGCUGGGAGUUACAGGUCUUUGACAUCCAAUUAUGUGCAGGUGUAUGAUAUUAUUAGUUGGUACAGAGAAGAAAUAGAAUGCUAGUGGUUGUGAAAGCUUUCAUGUGGGAUUCUCUUGCUGUUGAAUUACAGUUAAAACUUCACAACAGUAUGAUUGUUUAUUGUGAUGUUGUAUUAAAUUAGGGAUUUUUCAUGUUCAUCAUUUAAGUGUAUCUGCUCGGGAGAACUCAUGUUUGUUUACUAGUCGAUGUUUAUUUAUACACCCUAUGAUUGGAUUUUUCAUAUGGUUGCA